GACUGAUUUUUCAGUAUUACUGAACCAGUCUGUAUCAGAGCACACAGAUGACAGAUGGCCUCUCGGACACACGUGCAGCGUGUCAGAAUACUGUACAAGACGAUUUUAAGGUUACAUCGGGGCUUACCGGCCGAGAUUCAGCCCCUAGGCAAUAAUUAUGUUCGCGACGAGUUUAAGAGGCAUAAAGAAUGCGUGGAGAGCGAGGCAAUUAUCUUUCUCCACGAAUGGACCGAUUACGCGGUCUCUCUCGCUGAACAGCUCGGCUUAAGGGGUCCUCACACGGGACAACCGCUAGGAAAAUGUUUGAAGGAGGAGCAUCUCGAGAUGCUGCGGGACGAGCAAGUGUGUCAGUUGUACGAAUUAAUGAUCGCGGCUACAGGGAAGACGGAGGCUAAAUCGAAAGAUAAAACGUAAUUCAGUACACACGUACUGAAAUUGUGUAUACUCAAAGAUCUUGAAUGGAAUUUAACAGUACUUAAACUCUUAGAAUAUUGUAUUGUUAUCGUAUUGUAAUGUGUAAAUAAACGUAUAAUAAA